AGCCCUCUUGGGCUCGAGAUCCACAGCCCCAGCGGCACCCCCUCCCAUGGCCGCCCGCUGCACUGCCGUGCUGGCCCUCGUGUGCGCCCGGGCCGCCGCCGCCCUCGUCGUGGCCCCCGGUGCUGCCCCCGCCUCGGGUCCUCCACGGGGUGCGGCGGUGCCGGAGUGGCUGCUGGAGCCCUGGGAGCUUGCCGAGAGGGACCGCGUCGCACAGAGGCGCUCCGACGCGCAGCGCGAGGGCAUCCGCGCCGCCUCGCUGCUGAACGAAGCAUCUUGAAUUUCAGGCAGCCCGGCCAGUGUUUCGCCCUUCCCAUGGUUAGCACGCACGUGGAGAAUUGGAAGCGUAUCGACCAGGACGUGCAGGAGGGGAGGCGACAUGCAAGCUCGUUGCAGAUAGUCUUCGCAGGCCUCAUCCGCAAUGCGGAAAGCUCGGUGUGGAGAAGUUACGAGAUGCUGAAGAAAAUCGGCGUGCAUUUCAAAGAUUACAAGUUCCUCAUUUUUGAAAACGAUUCGGAGGACAAGACCCUUCAGAUCAUGAGCUACAUAUCGAGUCUAGAUCCACGGUAUGAGUUUCGGUCCGAGCGGUUAUCGAUGGGCGAUGAAAGAGGAUUGGGGAAGUCUCGCAUGGCACGGAUGGCCACUCUGCGAAAUUUUGUUCACAAUUGGGUACGAGAGUUUGUCGGCCGUACCCAUCAAUGGGACUUGGUGGCCAUUUACGACUUUGAUUUGAACGCUUUCGGAGCGCAGACAUUCUCGCCCCACGCAUUGUUCGCAGCGUUGGGGCGUAAUGAAACUCUGCAUAACGACUGGGACAUGCUCUGCGCAAAUAGCAUCCGCCACACUCCCUACGUACCGCAGCAGCAUGUCUGGUCGCCACCCGAUGUUGGAGUUGGGGUUGGCAUGUAUGAUUGUUUUGCUUACCGUGAUUUGCACAAUGAUUCUUUUAAUGGGCUUGAUUGUGGACAAACGAUGUCGGACGUGUUGUUCUCACAAUACGAGCUCGUUCCUGUGCACUCAUGCUUCGGUGGGCUUGCGCUGUACAGGCCAGAGAGGUUUCUGGAGUGUCAGUACGACCCCGAUGUGUACGAUUGCGAACAUGUAGUGUUUCACCAGUGCAUGCGACAGAAAGGGAGUGAGGGCCGAAUGUUCCUAGACCCGCUACUGACAACAAGUUACGACAGUUGGAUUCCAAUGGGGUGCUACACCGACGCCGCGAGCGCUGAUGCGUCUUUCCAACAGGACGAAAUGUUGGCACGCGAUAGAGGAGGAUUAGGCAGCACAUCCUCUUUUCCUCCGAAGGCACGGUGCCACGACGUGUUCGCAGACUCGGAAAGGGGAGAUAACGUCUGCAACGAACUGCUCGCGGCCAAAAGCCACCCUGUCAGGACUGCUGUCCAGUGCAUGUCUUUUUGCAGCGGUUACAAGUUUGCCCAGUGGGCUGAUAAGGGUGGGACAUGCCAGUGUUACGGUGAGCACCAGUGCGAGACGAGCCGGGCGGCCGUCACCUUGGCCACCCGUACCAGGGUGUACACGUGCGGCGACGUGUGAGUGCAACAGCGACAUAAGGAUGAAGGGUGCAGAAUGGGGUGAAGACGGAGGGGGUGGUGCUGUCGCGUGGCCCUUGUAGUCUGGCACAUGUUCCAGGCGAGCGUCGUCCUUCAAUGCAGCCUCAUCUCUAGAGAAACAGUCGAAGUAUAUUGGCGCUUUUCUGUCUUCCUUCCCGCGCACUCAGGGGGGCAGCAUUCUGAAGGAUUUCGCCCAUCAAUGGGAUUUUUCACGAAGCUAGCGUAAUUGGUGCGCAGGGCUCGUCGUCAGGGCUGGUCGUGAUGGCUCAGGUUUUCAAAGUGCAUGGUUUGAUUGUCAGGGUUGGUCCUUGCGAUGUUAUCGGGGCGAGUCUUAUGAGCACUGUCCCUGGAACGAAGCCUCAGUUCAUUUUCACGUACGCUGUGCUCGGUCGAGGAGGGGGCUUGUGAGGAACUCUUCCUCGUCAUCUCCCGAAGCAUGAUCGGAGGAAGCUCCACGUCCAUCCGAAGGAAGGAGGAGCGGUGGGUGCUAGCCAGGCGUGGUGGUGCACACUUCUGGGGACACUUCCUCGUCAGACCGUGCACAUUUGCAAACCACAAAGACGGCAGAUCCCGCACCCGCUGCGAUGGUCCGAUCCAUUCUCCUUGGUUUCCCGAUCACGGGAGAGGCAGUACAAGGACGAAGCGUUCAGCAGGGCAUUCAAGCCAGAAUGGGAUGUACAUGAUGUCCCCCACCCGGCAUAAUGGGCCUCUUAUUCUGAGUACCUCAAUAGUUCUGGGCCCCCGGACUACAAGGGCCCCCCGGACAACAAGGCCCCCCCCCCCCGAACUACAAGGGCCCCCC